CGAACUACAGCGAAAAGCCCCCCCGGAACUGGACGCGGAUACAAGUCUGACCUGUAGUGUAACGGUAGUUAGAUGCACAAAUAAAGAUGCCAGAUAUACAGUUGCGUCGGUUAUGGUUCCUGCUUUUUGUUUUCCGUCUCGGGACAGCGGCAGAGGUUUCCGUGUGGAACGUGGAGAUAAACUCGACACAGGAUGCAGUGUUUCGAAAGACGCUGUACGCCAAUACCACCAUCUUCAUGAAGUUCCAGGGUGACGCGGCUUCAUGUGAUAGAAACCUGGCCUUCAACAUCAGCUGGUACCUACGCUCCUCUGUUUGCUACAAUGAGGUCUUUAACACGCCGGACAACAAAGCGAUGAACAUGUUUGAUAUGGACCACAUGUUGAAGGACGGCUGGAGUGGCUUCUACAGUCAGGGCUACAUGUACUUCGACAACUGCUCCUCCCUCUUCUUACCCAAGGUGUAUUACACAGACUUCAACCCAUAUCAGCCUCUAUCAAGCCCAAAGAGUGACCCUUCCAAUCAGAGCCUUAUUUGGCCCGACAAGCCGGACAUCAGUGCAGUGGCCAAAGCUUGGAAGGACAGUCCAUAUCUGUUCAUAGUGAAGGUGAAGCCUUUGUUCCGCGGAGUUGAGGAUGAAGACAUUGGACCAGAAAGCAACUUUGCUUUCACCAUGAAAGUUGAGAUGAAGGGACAACAUGACUACUCUUCUCCAGCAGACUGGCCCCUGAUGAUGUUCUUCAUGGUCAUGUGCAUUGUGUAUGUGUUUUUCGGGGCUCUCUGGCUCUUCUGGUUCGCCUGCUAUUGGAGGGACCUGCUGCGGAUCCAGUUCUGGAUCGGAGCUGUCAUCAUCCUCGGCAUGCUGGAAAAAGCUGUGUUUUACUCUGAAUACCAGAGCAUCCGUUACAAAGGAGACUACGUUCAAGGUGCCGUGAUCUUUGCUGAGCUGCUCUCUGCCCUUAAAAGAUCUCUAGCCCGAAUCCUGGUCCUCAUUGUCAGCCUUGGCUAUGGCAUCGUCAAGCCGAGGUUGGGUACCACAGUGCACCGGCUGGUAGCCGUCGGGCUUCUCUACCUGCUCUUCUCCUCCGUGGAAGGUGUGCUAAGAGUGACUGGCGGUUUCUAUGGGACAGUCGCCCUGGUGGCUAAUCUCAGCCUCUCCCUUAUUGACUCCUGCGUCAUGUGGUGGAUUUUCAUCAGCCUGUCUCAAACCAUGCGUCUCCUGAAGCUCCGCAGAAAUAUUGUGAAACUCUCCUUGUAUCAGCACUUCACCAACACUCUCAUCUUCUCUGUUGUCGCUUCCAUCAUAUUCAUCAUCUGGACCACCAAGGUCUUCAAGCUGGUCGGCUGCCAGACGGGUUGGAGGGACUUGUGGGUAGAUGAUGCGUUCUGGCGGCUCCUGUUCUCCACCAUUCUGCUGGUGAUCAUGGUGCUGCUGCGGCCCUCUGCUAACAACCAGAGGUUCUCUCACUCUCCUCUGAUUGAUGAAGAUGACGAAGAGGAAGAGGCCAAGGAGCCCAUGCUGAAUGAAGCUUUUGAGGGAAUGAAGAUGAGAGGCUCAAAGCCUGACUCUAAUGGCUCCCAGAAACUGUUGAGUAAAGAGGACGAAGACAUAAAAUGGGUUGAGGAGAACAUUCCUACAACUGUUGCUGAUGUAGCUCUCCCUGUAAUGCUGGAUGAGGAAGAGGAAAUCCUGAAAACCAAGAUGGAGCGAUCCAAAAUGGAGUAGAAGUGAAAUGCAAGAGGAUAAUGUGAGAAUGAACAGAAAGCAAUUUCACUGAGGCAGCAAUUAAUGCGUUCAGAGAGGUCUGAUUACCAAAAAAAUGUGGGCAAAGCAAACUGUUCUCUCCAAACACUUUGCAUUUUUAAUUUAGUUUCACAGGUAUAGUGCAGCUAUAAUUAGCUCAAAGAAGCACGGAAGAAGGGAGAGGGGUGGAACUGAAGCAAAUACACAGCAGAGCACUUUGAUAAAUAUUGUAUUUGUUUCAAAGAUGUUUCUUCAACGUCACUAACCUGACCAAAGUCCAGCAACAACGUUUUACACAACACCCCUGUGGGAAAUGGAGUAUUUAUCAAAGUCAUGUCUUUUGGUUUUACACUAAUACAAUAUUUAACAUUUGAGAGAAGUUCCCCCACCACACUUCAAAUUGCUGGAAGUGCCCCCCCUCAUUUGUAGGAUAGCGAGAACUGAUUUCAAAUGUGUUCAGGUGAGGUUGUCUCAGCCAGGAAAUGGGAUGAUGGUACGAAUGGAGGACACUUGCUGAAAACGCUAAAAGUUAAUGUGCUUAAAAAGAUUAUUACUUCAGCCAAGACAGCAUCGGACACUUAAAUUCAAGGUUCUUCAGAGAUUUACUAAAUGUUUUUUUUUUUUAAAGCUCUUUUCUGCAGUUUUUUUUUUUUUUUUUGCAUUACAUAUUUAAUAGGUCACAUGAUGACAUAUAUUUCCUAUUUAAAUGAGCAAGCAGCUGUACGGUAUGAUCAGUGGAAAAAGGGUAAUACGUUAAAGUUACCUCAUCCCAAAAUUACCUAAAUUACUUUUUACUUACACCCCAGAAGGUAUUGUGUUACUGUGUUAAGUUACUUUUUUUACUUACUUUUUAAUGUCUACUUUGAAAUGCUGCCAUUGGUAAUGUGCCUAUAGCUUUCAUUUCACUACUGUUAUCUCCGCCAGGAUCAUGUGUGUGUGCGUGCGUGCGUCUGUGUGAGUGUGUGUGUCUGUCUGUCUGGCCACAGCUAAUCUCGCUAACCUAAAACAUAUUAGGCUUUUGGGUCUAGUAGUAUGCGAGGUCAGCAGCUGACACUGACAGAUAUGCACACACAGGACCAAAUGCAUGAUCCCUCACUCACGCCUGGCGAACGGCGAGGUAAUCACCAAGUAACGAGCCUUUCAGUUAUUUAAAAAAAAUGUGUUAGACUAUAGUUACUGCCAAAAGUAACUGAAUCCCAACACUGGGUAUGAUGAAUCAUUUAGCCAGCUCACUUAAUAUUUUUUGUUUUAUGUUUUUACCUAAUCAGCGAAGAUUUUCUGAGCUCAUUUCUUAUAGAUGCACCAACAAAUGAUAUACUCUAAAUGUCUUAUUGGUAACACGUGAAUAGCACUUUGUUGUCUGGCUAACUGAGUAAUCCUAACUAUAGAAAUAAGUAAGUCCCUGUUACUCUGUGUAAACACGGCUGCAUCAGCAAACAUUGAUACUUGAAGCAUAUCCCAGGUGUCAGGGUGAGACUAAGUACUACAUUUGGGUAUUAGGGAUUCUUGGGUUAACUAGAACUGCUGGGAGGAUGUGAUGACCCUCUUGGUCACGACACUCUUUCAAAGCCAAGUAUAUACUACCAUAAACCCAGUGUCAUCUCAAGUAUUCAUAUUCUACACCCGAGCGUGGCACCAGAUCACAGGGAUGCCAACUUUACACAACCAAAAAUAUCACUCCAACGUUUUACUGACGAAUGAGAGACAGCAGCGAGUGGGGGAAAUGGAUGACCCAUAAACAAGAAAUUCCAGAUCCCUUUAUGAAGCAAAAGUAGUCAUGAGUCUAAAAUGAUGGAUGAUUUGUUUUCAUUUCUCUUUUUAGCUUCUCAUAUAACUGCAGUGAUCUAGGUCCACUUCCUGUCACACUAGUAAAAACUUUUCUUUAGCUACUGAAUCACAUAAUCCGUUGAUUAGCCUCACAGAUGUGGUGUGGCCCUAAAUUCAAAUCUACAUGUGAUUUACUGUAUGUAUGUAUGUAAUCCUUUCUCACGCCCGUCUACUGACUGGGCCCAGCACAGGGUAGUUACAAAAAGACUGUACAUUCUAAAUGAGUCAUUUUUAUUUAACCACAAUUAGAGAUUCCUUUGAGUUUGUCCCAUAACACUGCACAUAAUCUUGCCCCAUGUGGCAUACUUAUAUCCCCGUCCUUGUGCAAUCUACUGCAGUAUGUGUGGAUAUUCUAAAUUUCUUAAUUUAUGUUUGUUUUAUGUGUCCAAGUCUUGUUGAGGAUGUUUUAUUUUAGAGAGACACUGAAGCCCAAUUUCUGGAUGUGAGUUUGCAUUGUAAUGUGAAGCUGAUGAUAUUGUAUGGCUUUUUGCAUAUGUCCUGCAAAUAAAAUUUAUAUUGACACAUGG